AUGGAAAAUUUCGCUAAUUCAGCAACUCAUACUACGCAACUACCUGUUACACGAGUCAAAAAAAUAUUUAGACUCUGCUCGAACUGUACGAAUAUUUCAACUGAAGCCGUGCACCUUUUGACAUUUGCAACGGAACGCUUCAUUGGCUUGCUGGCAAAAGUAGCAUAUGGACAGGCAGUUUUUGACAAACGAAAAACUCUUCAGCUAAAAGAUCUUGGUAGGGGUUUCGUUUGGUCAUUGUGGAACAGGACUUUCUUUUCAGAAUUUUGUGUGAAGAAUUACGAACCAUUUAGUUUUCUGGAUGGCACACUGGACGGAUGGCCGGAAAUUAGCGGAGGAAAACGUGGUUUUGGCAAUGGAUCAAGCGGCGUUGUGACUACAGGAAUAUCAGAGAGAUUUUUUCCUCUUAAUGCAGAUGAAAAACAAGAAGACUUGAAUGUUGAUAUUAAUGACUCAAAUGAAAUAUUUGGUUUCGAUGAUUCGUUAGAAGAAAGCGAACCUCCACUCGAUGACCAGAUUGCUGAAAAGCUAGAUAGCGCUGUAACUGCGGAGAAAACAGAAAUGGUUGAUGUUAUUUCAGAAAUCCAAAGCCCUAAGCAAGCAGUUUUUGGCCACUACGGUUAUUAUCUCCCGAUGAAUUCAACUGUUGCUACGCUAACUCAAACUGCCAAUAUUGAAGUAGGGGUUGAUAUGAAGCGUAAUAAACAGAAAGAAGAGGAAAUGGAAAUUGAUACAUCUACACAGUAUGAUUCUCUGAAUAGGACUGGAUUUGAAAUGGCAACCGAUACAGUCGAAGUUCCGUCGAAUAUUUAA